AUGUCUCUCGAACCCGUGAUCACAGAGGUGCAGGCUGGACAGCCUGUGCCAGUGGAUAACGAACUGAGAGGACGUCUAGUAUUAGUAACAGGCGCGUCAGGAGGGAUUGGCGCUGGCUGCGCGCGCGACCUUUUCCUGCAUGGUGCGAAUCUAGCGCUUACCUAUUCGUCCAACAAAGCUCCAGUCGAUGCUCUGAUAUCUGAAUUACAAGCGCAAGACAGCACGCGCAAAUUCUCCUCACAUAAAGUCGACAUGGCAUCAGACGAAGACAUGACCAAGCUAUUUGAAGAGAUGGAACAGAUACACGGACAUGGACCAGAUGUCUUGAUCAGCAACGCAGGCUAUGGAAAGAGGAUACCGAACAUCGUCGAUAUACCAAUCAGUGAGUGGGACUACACGAUUCAAGUGAACCUGCGCGCAUCCUUCGUCCUUUGCAAACUAGCCGUACCACACAUGGCACAGCAGAAAUGGGGUCGUAUCAUUCUCAUGUCCAGCAUCGCAGCUAUCGGUGGUGGUAUCAAUGGGUGUCAUUACGCUGCGAGUAAGGCCGGCUUGGAUGGGAUGAUGCGCAAUCUGUCGUUGAAAUUGGCGAAAGAUGGAAUCACUGUAAACAAUGUCGCGCCUGCCAUGAUUGGAGAAACAGGUAUGAUACCAAAUGCAGGCUUUCUGGUAGGGACGCCGGGAGAUGUGAAGAAUAUUCCAGUCGGGCGACUAGGAACACCACAGGAGACGGCUAAUGUGGUCACCAUGCUGUGUAAGACUGGUUAUCUGACAGGACAGAGUAUUCUCCUGUCAGGAGGUCUGAAAUGA